AUGACAUACCCAAUCACAACUCCAGCCUACUCGGACCUAUUCGCGACGAGGGUAACUUCCAUCUUGCGAGCGCAGUAUCUGAGUGAAGGCUCUGAGAGGAGACUACCUUCCUCUGACAGGGCACUCAUUGUGUCGCGGGUAUCGACCGAGGAACAAGCAGAGUCCCUGACACAAAUGCACGUCCACCGGCUCGGACAGGGCCCAGCCAAUGGUCCGAGGUCCACCAAACUCGAGGUUCUGGGCGCAAACAACCGCCCCAUUGUCAUAUCGUUCGACAACGAUACUGUAAGAGAUAUGGCUCUUUCGCAUAUACAACAAGCAAGAUUUCACAUCAGAGACGAGCGAAAUGUCAAGCUUGAUGUAACGCGGCUGAGCGAGGGCACAGCCACGAAAACGAGCUUUGUCUUAGACUCUCGCCGAGUGGAAUUUCUUAGGCUGUCUCGAUGA